CUUUUGCUCCGGGAAUCAGGGACAGCUCCUCCGAUCGAGAUGCAGCGCCUCCGGAGCUCCGGCCGAGCUAUCUUUCGCGCCGUCAGGCCAAGGUCAAGCUAUGGCGAUGGGAGCUCCUCUUUCGAUGCCCUGUCCGUUCCCAGCCUCAGACGGAAGGCCUCCAACUCGUGGUCUGCUGUUCAGGAUACCUAUCUUUCCACCAAGGAAGUCUUUGAGAAGCAUCGAGUGGUGUUUACCAUUGGAACAUCCGUAGCAUCUGUACUAACCGCAUGGGCAGGUUACUCGUUACGUCACUAUCAUCACUCCAGAGUUGAGGAAAGACUUAUGUCAAUUGAAGAAGCUAUGAAACACAAGAACAAUGCCGAACACAAGGAAAUAAAAAAAAUUGUUAAUUCAGGAAAUGUCAGCACUGAAGCUUGCAUUGCUACUGCUUGGACCGCAUUACUACUUGGUUAUGGUCUUGGAUGGCGAGGAGGCUUAUGGUUUGCCAACCGAAAAUUCCAAAGAGAACAGCUUAAGUUGAUGGGGCAGAUGAAGCCUCGUGGAUGGCAAUUCUUGGGCAGGCCAUUUAUGCGAUUAAGAAGCAUUCGAAGCGGCCUCAAAACUGCAAAAGUUCCUCCAAAUACAAACACCAGUUCACUUUCCUCCCAACAAACCCUUGAAACUUCCUAAAUGUUGGUCACUUUCCUGUAAAUGAGUCUAAGGGUAGACACUGAUGAAACACCGAUGAAAUGGCAAAUUCAAUUUUGCCCCAGUCAAAUUAAGUCAAAGAAGGAAUUCCAAGUGGAGAUCUGACUGAGUUUUACGACAUUAAAAAGCAUUUGAUAUAGGUUUCAAUAGGUUUUUUUUUUUAACUUGCACAUCAUACUUGAGAAUAAUGAAUUUUUUUCAUGAGAACAAUGUAUUUUUGGGGGAAAAAACUUUAUAUGUGAUGGUGAAUGAUUUUACAUAUGAAUAGUAUUGAACUCUGCUGGGUUAAC